AGUAGAUAAAAAGUGUUGCCUGACUGUUGUUUACAAUCCCGAAUCGUGAAAAUAGAAUGAAUUGUAAAAUUAAUUUGAUAACAAUCGGAUAAGAUAAUUGCUUGAUACAGAUAUUAAAUAGACUCUUUCAAUUGGUUUCCAUUCAGUGUACAAGAAGCCGCUGAUGACAUAUUGAAAAUUUAUUAUUGAAAGAAUAAUAAAAGAAAAUGUUUUUAAUUCAAAGAACCACAUUUAAUAUUAGUUGUGCCCAGAGACAACUUAUAAGUUGCAGAUUAAGUGGCGUACGAUGCUUGAGUGAUAAAAAUAACAAUGAAAGUGACGAAAAAGCUCCAGUACCAGAUUAUAAUGAUUCAGUUAAGAGAGAACAUCCUGUCAGUCGUACCGGCAGAGUUCUUAAAGAUGACAUGAUAAGAAUAAAAAACUGGACAAUGGAAAAAUAUAAUAUUAUGACUAGAAAAACCGAACGUAAAACGUAUGCAGCACCAAUUCAUACUAUCGACAAUUUCAUUCAAAAUAGAGAACGUGAAACGAUGUUUCAGACACAUUGCGAUGUUCUUGUAAUAGGUGGUGGCGGUAUAGGAUCAUCAAUAGCAUAUUGGCUUAAAAAACGAGCUGCAGAAGGUUUAAAUGUAGUUGUCGUUGAAAAGGAUCCAACAUACAAAGAAGCAUCAACGCCAUUAUCACUUGGUGGGUUGCGACAACAAUUUUCAUUGGAAGAAAACAUUCAAAUGUCUCUCUAUGGUUCUGACUUCAUUCGAAAUAUUAAAGAGCACUUAGGUGAUGAUGUUGAUGUUCAAUUCUCACCUUAUGGUUAUCUAAUGUUAGCAACUGAAGAGUCAGCUGAAACUUUAAUAAGAAAUUCUCGUCUUCAGAAUGAACUUGGUGCAAAAAAUGAAAUUCUUUCAGCAAGACAAUUGAAAGAAAAGUUUCCAUGGAUCAGCACAGACGGAAUUGAAAUUGGAUGUCACGGGCUUGAGAAAGAAGGUUGGUUUGAUCCAUGGCUUAUGUUAUAUUCAAUGAAGAAAAGGGCAAUUGAGUUUGGUGCUCAUUAUCUUAAUGGAGAAGUUGUUGGUUUUCAAACCGAGAAGAAUGUUGAACUGGUUAUUGAAGGUUCUCAGAAUAAGCAAUAUGACGCUCUUAGUAGCGCUAUUGUGAAAAUGCCAGAUGGAUCUGUUGAACCAAUCAAGUUUGCUCUUUGUGUGAUUGCAGCUGGGGCGCAUUCAGCAAAAGUUGGUGAAAUGGCAGGAAUUGGAACAGGUUCAGAUUUAUUAUCAAUUCCAAUUCCCAUUGAACCACGCAAACGUUACGUUUAUGUCAUGGCAUGUGAUGAAAAGAAACCACAUUUGGCAAGCUCCUUGAACACGCCAGUCGUUAUUGAUCCUUCAGGCGUUUACUUCCGAAGAGAAGGAUUAACUGGACUUUAUGUUGCUGGAAGAUCACCUGAAAGUAUUGAGAAAGAACCUCCAAUAGAUAAUCUAGACGUCGAUUAUGGAUAUUUUGACACUGAUGUUUGGCCUCAUCUUGCUCAUCGUGUACCGAAAUUCGAAGCAGUUAAAGUCAAGUCAGCUUGGGCUGGAUAUUAUGAAUAUAAUACUUUUGAUGAGAAUGGAAUUAUUGGCCCACAUCCAUCUUUCCACAAUCUUUACAUCGCAUCGGGAUUCAGUGGUCACGGAAUCCAACAAGCCCCAGCUGUCGGUCGAUGUAUCGCUGAAAUGAUUGUUGAUGGUGGAUACAUAACAUUAGAUUUAUCAAGAUUAUCAUUUGAUAGAAUUGUAGUUGAUAAGCCGAUUGCAUCAAAAUUUUCCACACAAAAGGAAAGAAAUUUACAAAAUUCUGACGAUUUGUCGAGUUGCGAUGUUGUCGUGAUUGGCGGCGGUGCUGUAGGAUCAUCAACUGCGUUUUGGCUUAAGAAGCGUGCAAAGCAAGACUUAAAAGUCAUUGUCGUUGAAAAAGAUCCAACAUAUAAAGAAGCGUCAACUCCAAGAUCGUUGGGUGGAAUUCGCCAACAAUUUUCUUUAGUUGAGAACAUUCAAUUGUCACUGUUUGGUUUUGAUUUCAUUGAUGAUAUUAAAAAUUACAUGAAUGACGAUGUUGACGUUCAAUUUACACCUUUCGGUUAUCUGAUGUUGGCAGCUGACGAAUAUGCCGAAGCUUUGCAUAAAAAUUCCAAACUUCAAAAGGAACUCGGAGCAAAGAAUGAAAUUCUCAUGCCAAGUCGAUUGAAAGAAAAAUUUCCUUGGCUCAACACGACUAAUGUAGCUGUCGGUUGCUUUGGAUAUGAAAAGGAAGGUUGGUUUGAUCCAUGGCAUCUUUUAAUAGCAUUUAAGAAGAAUGCUAUUAGAAAUGGUGCAAAUUACGUCAACGGCGAAGUUGUUGGAUUUGAAUUGAAUGAGAAAGAAAGUGAAAAUCAUGGUUCGAUCAAAGGUGUCAAAGUAAAACUUUCCGACGGUUCAAUUAAAGAAAUCAAAUGUGAAAAGUGUGUGCUUGCAGCAGGUGCAGAAUCAGGAAGAAUUGGUCGUCUUGCGGGUAUUGGAACAGGUUCAAAUCUUUUGUCAAUUCCAAUUCCCAUCGAACCUCGUAAACGAUAUGUUUACGUAUUCAUGUGUGAAAAUCCUGGAAAGGCUUUGAAUUCAGCUCCAUAUGUUUUCUUCCCAAGCGGUGCACAUGUGAGAAAUGAAGGUGGGAAUGGCUACUUUACAGCAGGUCGAUCACCAAGAAGUAAAGAAUUUGAACCACCGAUUGGCGAUCUAGAACCGGAUUUUGAAUAUUUCAACAAUGAAGUUUGGCCAACACUUGCUGAUUACGUUCCACAAUUUGAAGCUAUUAAAGUGACAUCAGCAUGGGCUGGUCAUUAUGAAGUGAACACUCUUGAUGAAAAUGGCAUCAUUGGACGACAUCCAUGGUAUCAGAAUCUUUACAUCGCAUCAGGUUUCAGUGGACAUGGCAUUCAACAAAGUCCAGCAAGUGGAAGAGCUGUUGCCGAAUUAAUCCUCGAUGGACGUUUCACUACAAUCGAUCUUACAAGACUCGGAUUUGAAAGAAUUGUUAAGAACGAACCA